CAGAGCAAGAAUGCAAUUCACCCUACAUUUACGAUACGUCACUCUCGCGUACAUAUGUAUGUAAAUGUAGUGUUGGCUUAUUCAUAUAAAAGUUGUUCGCCUCCACAAAUUCAGGCACACUUGUCUACUGGAAGCAGCAAGAGAAACAUUAACACACUAACAUAAACUGCAGUUUAUUAACGGAACAUAUAUAAAAUACCGGAUUAUAUUUGUGAGAUUCAUCUUCAUCCAAAAAAGAACCCUACACAUCAACAAUGGAGAAUAUUACAAAUUUGGAAGAAAUCAUCAUCCCUGAAGACAUGACUGUUGACCUCAAUGACCCGCAAGCCGACAAUGCUGACGACGAGCCAAAAACCUUCAUGGGAACCCGUACCCCACUUAUCACCAACAAUGCCACACAAGUUAUCGACGACAACGACACACAAACUAUUGAUGAUGACGCUGAGACACAAUUUGUCACCUCGGAGGAAUUAGAAAUUUCAAAAGAGGACACAAUUCUUCCCCCACCCCCCGCCCCCUACACGGCGGAACCUAAUCACGAAAAGAUUGAGGACCUACCUGUCAAGGAAGGAAAGAAGCCCCUUCAUAAAAUUUCCCGCUUGUCCAAGUCCCCAAUUAGCAAACGGUAUCGCACCGUGAGCAAGAAAUGCAACGGAUCAUUCACAAAUUCUCAACAACUGCUUGGAAACAUUGUUCAACUUUUGGAAUCCCAAUUUUCCUGCAGCAUUUCCUGCAAAAAGUUGCGACGCCGGUCACUCGUCUCAAUCCGGUCAAACGUCCCCUCUCCACUUUAUAACGGAGUCAAGUUUGAAUAAAAUUGUACGUUUGCAUAUUAGUAUUUUUUGUAAUUACAUCUUUACGUAUGAUUUGUGCACAAAUUUUUGUAUGAUUUGAAGACCUUGCAAAUAAAUCUAUGUAACGUUGUCGGAUAAACUUUACACUAGAUAGUCGUCCUUAAAACUUGUCAAAGUAGUUAACUACACUAAUUUUUUAUUUACAUUUCGUAAUUUUAAUAGCAAUUGUCUCCCCUGAGGAAUUUAAACUGUUUACAGUAUUUAUCUGAUUUAAUAAAUUAACUGAUUAUUAAUCACACAUUAUGCAAAGUUUAAAUGCGAACAAAAUAAAUGUCAAACUUAUAUAAGUAA